UGCUCACUUGCUGUACAGAAUGAUAUUCCUCACGGCACUGCCCCUAUUUUGGAUUAUGAUUUCAGCCUCCCGCGGGGGUCACUGGGGCGCCUGGAUGCCCUCGUCCAUCUCGGCCUUUGAGGGCACUUGCGUCUCCAUCCCCUGCCGCUUCGACUUCCCCGACGAGCUGCGGCCAGCCGUCGUGCAUGGCGUCUGGUACUUCAACAGCCCCUACCCGAAAAACUACCCCCCGGUGGUCUUCAAGUCGCGCACGCAGGUCGUCCACGAGAGCUUCCAGGGCCGCAGCCGCCUGCUGGGGGACCUGGGCCUGCGCAACUGCACCCUCCUGCUCAGCAACCUCAGCCCCGAGCUGGGCGGCAAGUACUACUUCCGCGGGGACCUGGGUGGCUACAACCAGUACACCUUCUCCGAGCACAGUGUGCUGGAUAUCCUCAACACCCCCAACAUCGUGCUCCCCCCAGAGGUGGUGGCAGGCACGGAAGUGGAGGUCAGCUGCAUGGUGCCUGACAACUGCCCCGAGCUGCGCCCAGAGCUGAGCUGGCUGGGCCACGAGGGGCUGGGGGAGCCCGCUGUGCUGGGGCGGCUGCGCGAGGACGAGGGCACCUGGGUGCAGGUGUCGCUGCUGCACUUCGUGCCCACCCGGGAGGCCAACGGCCACCGGCUGGGCUGCCAGGCCUCCUUCCCCAACACCACCCUGCAGUUCGAGGGCUACGCCAGCCUGGACGUCAAGUACCCCCCGGUGAUUGUGGAGAUGAACUCCUCGGUGGAGGCCAUCGAGGGCUCCCACGUCAGCCUGCUCUGCGGGGCCGACAGCAACCCGCCGCCGCUGCUGACCUGGAUGCGGGACGGCGCGGUGCUCCGGGAAGCGGUGGCCGAGAGCCUGUUCCUGGAGCUGGACGAGGUGACCCCUGCGGAGGAUGGCGUCUACGCCUGCCUGGCAGAGAAUGCCUACGGCCAGGACAACCGCACCGUGGGGCUCAGCGUCAUGUAUGCACCCUGGAAGCCGACGGUGAACGGGACAAUGGUGGCCGUGGAGGGGGAGAUGGUCUCCAUCUCGUGCUCCACACAGAGCAACCCAGAUCCUAUUCUCAGCAUCUUCAAGGAGAAGCAGAUCCUGGCCACAGUCAUCUACGAGAGCGAGCUGCAGCUGGAGCUGCCCGCCGUCACGCCCGAGGACGACGGGGAGUACUGGUGCGUGGCCGAGAACCAGUACGGCCAGAGGGCCACCGCCUUCAACCUCUCCGUGGAGUUCGCCCCCGUGAUCCUCCUGGAGUCCCACUGUGCGGCGGCCCGUGACACGGUGCAGUGCCUGUGCGUGGUGAAGUCCAACCCCGAGCCAUCUGUGGCCUUCGAGCUGCCCUCGCGCAACGUGACUGUGAACGAGACGGAGCGGGAGUUCGUGUACUCGGAGCGCAGCGGCCUGGUGCUCACCAGCAUCCUCACGCUGCGGGGGCAGGCGCAGGCCCCACCCCGGGUCAUCUGCACCUCCCACAACCUCUAUGGCACCAAGAGCCUGGAGCUGCCCUUCCAGGGAGCCCACCGCCUGAUGUGGGCCAAGAUCGGGCCGGUGGGGGCCGUGGUGGCCUUUGCGAUCCUCAUUGCCAUCGUCUGCUACAUCACCCAGACGCGCAGAAAAAAGAACGUGACAGAGAGCCCCAGCUUCUCUGCAGGGGACAACCCCCCUGUCCUGUUCAGCAGCGACUUCCGAAUCUCUGGGGCGCCGGAGAAAUAUGAGAGCGAGAGGCGCCUGGGAUCCGAGAGGAGGCUGCUGGGUCUCCGGGGGGAGCCCCCGGAGCUGGACCUGAGCUUUUCGCACUCGGCCCUGGGGAAGCGGCCCACCAAGGACAGCUACACCCUGACGGAGGAGCUGGCCGAGUAUGCUGAAAUCCGCGUCAAGUGAGGAGCUGGGGGCAGCCGUGCGGCCGCCCCCCCUCAGGACCCUCGCUGGCCCCGCUGGCUGCGGGCUCCCUUCCUCCCACAGUGGUGGGGCCGGGGCAGGAAGGGCCGGGGCAGGUGACAUGAGGUCCCGGGCCUGGCCCCCCUCCUGCCCUGCCCCCCGCACCCCCCGCACUGUGGCUCCCCUCUAACCUCCUCUAACCUCAUCUGUCUGGAGGGGAGCUCCGUCUGUCCGUCUUAUUUAUUGCUACCCUGCCUUGUCUCCCACCCCACACCUGGCCCUACGGCCCGUACGGAGGGACAUGAAAUA